AUGACCGCUAGCGACAAUGAGAAUGACAUUGACGUAGUGUUCCAGUCGAAUGCACUGGACGUCGUCGGCUCGUGGCUGAUUGGCGGAUCUGCCACUGAAGACAGCACGACGCGGCACGAGACGCAGCCGCCAGUGCGUCGUCCUGUCACGCUCUAUCGGCCGUCGUCUUCGUCCGCGCCGACUCUCACGCGACCGAACGCCGCGCACGCAGACUCUGCGCUGACUGAGACGGAGCGAGAGAUGAAGCACAAGAUGCUGCGAAAGCGCCGAGGCACUGACGCAGAAGAGGCGGUCAAGGGCGAGCAGGAGGCGCAGACGCAGCGAGACGAGGCGCAGGACGAAGAGGAGCAGGAGCUCGUGCGGCUCAAGACGCAGCGACACGAUCGAAAGCGUAAACGCACAGCGCAGGACGAGCUACUGGAUGCACUGAGGGGCGAAGCGGCCAAGAAGAAGGCCAAGAACCUGAAACGGAAGCUGCAGCUGCAACGCAAGACGCAGCAGCAGCGACAACAGAAACCAACACACGGACUCGGCGUUGCCACGCAAUGA